AUGAUCGAACCCAUUGGGAAUCAGUACAUUGAGUCCAGGCCAGUGUAUUCUGCAAAUUCUUUCGGGGAAGAAUAUAAGAAGAAACAGCGACGUCAUAAGACAAUUCUGGAUCACCUCAGAGUGUACUGUAGCUGUUCCACACAAAAGGCCAAGAGAAUUGCCCUUUCCUUGUUCCCCAUAGCAUCCUGGUUACCCGCUUACCGGCUAAAGGAAUGGCUGCUCAGUGACAUCGUUUCUGGAAUCAGUACUGGGCUGGUAGCUGUACUGCAAGGCUUAGCAUUUGCCCUGCUGGUCAAUGUCCCGCCAAGCUAUGGCUUGUACGCAGCCUUUUUCCCAGUCAUCGUCUACUUUUUCUUGGGCACUUCGAGACACAUAUCUGUGGGUCCAUUUCCAGUUCUGAGUAUGAUGGUGGGAGCAGUAGUUUCGAGAUUAGUCCCAGAGGAAAGUACAACUACUCUGAAUGCUAAUAGCUCCAUGGGUAAUAGUACUUUGUUACUAGAUGAGCAGAAGGUGUUGGUGGCUGCCGCUGUCACAGUCCUUUCUGGAAUCAUUCAGUUGAUCAUGGGUGCGCUACAGUUUGGAUUUGUGGUGAUAUAUCUAUCUGAUUCCUUAAUCAGUGGCUUUACCACAGCUGCUGCCGUUCAUGUUCUGGUAUCCCAGCUCAAAUUCAUGCUCCAACUGCCUGUCCCUCCACACUCGGAUCCAUUUUCACUUUUUAAAGUACUAAUUUCUGUAUUCUCACAAAUACAAGAUACUAAUAUUGCGGAUCUUGUGACAUCCUUAAUUAUUCUAUUGGUUGUAUUUGUGGUUAAAGAAAUAAAUCAGCGCUACAAAGCAAAACUUCCAGUGCCAAUCCCAAUUGAACUCAUCAUGACUGUGAUUGCAACAGGCGUCUCCUAUGGUUUUAACUUCAAAGAGAGGUUUAACGUGACCGUGGUUGGAGAGAUGCCAAGUGGGUUUCAGCUCCCCAUCACUCCGGACGUGCAGACUUUCCAAGACACCAUUGGAGACUGCUUUGGCAUUGCAAUCGUGGGCUUUGCGGUGGCCUAUUCCGUGGCCAGUGUCUAUUCUCUCAAAUACGAUUAUCCCAUCGAUGGCAAUCAGGAAUUAAUAGCCUUGGGGCUGGCUAACAUACUCACCGGCUCAUUCAAAGGCUUUGCUGGAAGUACUGCCCUCUCCAGAUCAGGAGUUCAGGAGAGCACAGGGGGCAAAAGUCAGAUUGCUGGGCUGCUCUCUGCUAUCAUAGUGCUGAUUGCCAUUCUAGCCAUUGGAUUUCUGCUGGAGCCACUACAGAAAUCCGUCCUAGCCGCCUUGGCGCUUGGAAACUUAAAAGGAAUGCUGAUGCAGUUCACUGAAAUAGGAAGAUUGUGGCGAAAGGACAAGUACGAUUGUCUAAUUUGGAUCAUGACCUUCAUCUUUGCUGUUGUCCUGGGACUCGGGUUAGGCCUGGCAGCUAGCGUGGCAUUCCAGCUCCUGACCAUUGUGUUCAGGACCCAAUUUCCAAAAUGCAGCUCACUGGCUAUGAUUGGAAGGAGAAACAUCUAUAAGAACAAAAAGGAUUACUCUGAGAUUUAUGAGCCGGAAGGAGUGAAAAUUUUCAGAUGCCCAUCUCCUAUCUAUUUUGCAAACAUUAAUUUCUUCAAGCAGAAACUUAUUGAUGCUGUUGGCUUUAGUCCACUUCGCGUACUCCGUAAGCGUAACAAAGCUUUGAAGAAAAUCCGAAAACUGCUGAAGAAAGGCCUGCUACAAGUGACACCUAAAGGCUUUAUAUGCACUGUUGACAGCUUUCAAGAUUCCGAUGAUGAGCUGGACAACAAUCAGAUAGAAGAACUGGAUCAGCCAGUCAACACUACAGAUCUGCCUUUCCAGAUAGACUGGAAUGCUGAGCUUCCUCUCAACAUCGAGGUCCCUAAAGUCAACGUGCAUAGCCUUAUUCUUGAUUUUUCAGCAGUGGCAUUUCUUGACGUUUCUUCAAUGAGAGGUCUCAAAACGAUGUUGCAAGAAUUUGUCAGGAUCAAGGUAGAUGUGUAUAUUGUUGGAACUGAUGAUGAUUUCAUUGAGAAACUUAAACGGUGUGAAUUUUUUGAUGAGGAAGUGAAGGACUCAAUAUUUUUCUUAACAAUCCAUGAUGCUGUAUUGCAUAUUCUGAUAAAGAAGGAUUACAGUACUUCAAAGUUUAAUUCCAGUCAGGAAAAAGAAAAAAAUACUGAUUUUACCAUAAAUACAAAUGGAGGAUUACGUAAUCGGGAAUGUCAGGUACCAGUUGAAACACAAUUCUAAUCAAAAUAAUCCAGCAGGAUCCUCAUCUAUCAUUUAAAGAACAACUUUAUACCCAGAAAGUUAUAGAUAAGUUCAUACAUUGUAUGAAGACUUUUUGAUGGAAUUAUGUUUCAAACUUUGGAACGAGAUUGUUCUAACAUGGUA